AUGCCGCCGCUUCGUACGGUGUACACUCGGGAGGAGCUCCUCCGCAUUGCUGCGCUGGCCAGCGGAAUUGAGGUGAGCCCCGGCAUCAUCGGCAAGUUCGAUGUGAUCGAGAUUGCCGAGCCGGCUGCUAUUCCCAAGCGGCGUGAGAUGGACAUUGGCGCCGCCGGCGACAACAGCACGAACAUCAUCGGCAGCGGUCUGGCACUCAACGCGCCCAAGCCAAACAACAACAGCAAUAACAACCAUCGCGAUGGCAGCAGCAGUGGUGGUGGCAACCCAAAUGCCAAUGGAACUGGCCGCGGCAGCAACACCGCCAACAGCAGCGCCAACGCCCACAGCGGCGGCCCCAGCAAUUCCAACAGCUCGCCAGCCCCCUUGUACAACGCGCGCGGCAACGCUACGGAUGGGCGUCGUGGCGGCAACAACAACGGCCGCGAGGACACCAACAGCGGUAGCAACGGUAACGGCAACCGUCGCUCCGGCGAUGAUCGUCGUCAAGGCGGAUACGACCGCUUUGCCCCACCGGAGGGAGGACGCUUCGGUCGUGGCAACCGCAAUCAGGAGACGUUCGAGUUUGGCGUUGAGUACGAACUGCAGCAGAGCGCGAUGCAGCGGCGGCGCGUGACGGAGACGAUGGAGCGCGAGGAUCGUAGGGGGGAGCAGCUCAAGCAGGCUCUGGAAAAGUUCAAGCAGGUGGACAAGGAGCCCGAGCCGGCGGACGUCGAGAGCCAGGAGACGGACGAGAUUGAGCGGCUGUUGGCGGGGAUUACGAUGGGCAGCGACGACGGACAGCCGAAAGCCGCGGCCCGCUCUCGCUUCUUCUCGGCCCAGGCCCCAGCAGCGGCACCACCAGCUGCACAUGCGCAGCGGCCGGCUUCAACGCAGCCGUCAGCACCGACGACGGCCGCGCAGACCGCCUCGAACGGCGCGGCCCCUGCGAACACCGUCACGCAGCCCAAAGUGCUCAUCACCCCGGCCAACAGCGGCACGCCCGGCUACGUGGCGAGCCCGUGGGGCAACGUGAAGAGCGAUCCGAACUUGUGGGCCACGGCGCCGUCGAUGGCGAGCGCGCUGAAGCAGUCGCUGCAGCAGCAGCAGCAGCAACCCAACACGACGCCGCAGUCUUCGCCGACGCAGUUGAAGUCCUCUUCGCAGCCGCCGCCGCCGCCGGUGAGCACGACGAUGCCGACGGGGAUGGGCAACAAUGGAAACAUGCCGCCUCCACCGCCGCCACCGCCGAGUGCACCGUCGCAAGGCAGCGGUGCCAUGAACUACAGCACGGCCCCGUCAUCCGCUGCUUCUGCCGCUGCUGCUGCCACAUCGGCGACGCCAUCGGCGUCGGCGGAUGGGCAGAGCAACUCCAUCGCCGCGAUGGGCUUCAAGAUGAGCGUGCUGGGGCUGAGCACGCAGCAGUCUCGCCCGACGUCGGCCACGCCGGCGGCCAGCACCAACCCGCCCGCGCCGUCGCGUGCGUGGACUGCGGCGGAGCUGGAGCAGCUGCUGAAGAGCGGCAAGGCGGUGCCAACGGCCGUCCCCCCGCCGCCGCCGCACCCGUCCGCCCUGUCAGCGCAGCCACCCGUCGCAAAGGUGUUUGCCGCGGCUGAUCUGGAGAGUAUGCUGAUGCAGCAAGCCCGCCAGGGUGGCGUUCCGAGUCCGGCGCAGCCGCCGGCCGUUCAGGUACAGCAGCCUCAGCCCCAGCCCUUGUUUCAGCAACCCCAGCAGCAGGUUCACCAACCACCGCAGCUACCACUGCAGCAGCAGCCGCAACCAGCGCAGCAGCCCGCCCCACCGCAGCUAAUGGCCGCGAUGAAGACACCGCCGAUAAUGCCACAGAACAUGUCCAACCCGAUGGGCGCCUACCUCGCUGCAGUGCCACGCUCGCCACCUCAGCAGUUUCCCACAGGAAUGAAGGUCCCACCCAGUCCUCCGAUGAUGCCGCAGCACCAGCAGCAGCAGCAGCAGCAGUUGCCGCCACCCCCGCCACCAAUGAACGUGCAGCAAGCACCACCGCAGCUGCAGCAGCAGCAACAGGUGCAGCAGCAACUCCCCUGGAUGACGAUGCCGCAGUCUCCGCAACAGCCACAGCACCAGCACCAGCAGCAGCAACAGCAGCAGCAGCAGCAGGGACUUGCGCAGCACGGCAUGCGUGCCAGCCCUCCGCAACAACCGCAGCAGGUGAACAAGAUGCCGCCGCCUCCCCAGAUGACAGCGCCAGGGAUGCCGGUGCCGAUCAUGAUGAACGCGCAAGGCCAGUACUUUGCCGCCCCACCGCAGCAGCAACCCUUCUACUUGUCGGGGCAGCCCGUCAUGUUCCGCCGCCCGGAUGGCACCGUGUUCAUGCAGGCACCACAGCCGCAGCCGCAGCCGCAACCGCCACAGCCCCAGUUUAACCCGUUUGCCACGAAUGCGCAGUACCUUUUCCAGCAGCAGCAGCAGCAGCGCCGCUAA